AGUAAUUAAAUCGGGAAAAAAAAAACUAAUAGCGUAUACCCUAGAAACUGGAAUCGAUAAACCACCGCCAAACACCGCACCUCUUCCCUGCAACCAGCAAAACGAACAAACAAACAAACAAGGCACGAAUACGAUCCCUGUUUCAGUGUUUCUACUUUCUAGGGUUUAACUUCGUUAGGGUCUUUGAGCUCACCUCCAUUGGUUUCCGAAGAUUCGCUUUAAUCAAAGAUGGGAAAGAACGAUAGCCAGAAGACAGGGCUCGGGAGAGCCCUUGUGAAGCACCACAACAAGAUGGUACAGCAGACCAAGGACAAGAACCGCUUCUACAAGAAGAAGUUUCUAGAAUCGUUCACCGAAGUCUCCGAUAUCGAGGCCAUUCUUGAACAAUCUGAGGAGCUUCUAGAACAAGAGCUAGAAGAACCCACCUUCCUCCCUGAUCGCACCGCCGCACCCGCCCUUGUAAUCAAUUUGGAUCCAGGAUCAGGUUCUGGUGACAUGAUGACGCCUGAAGAGAUGAGGGAGCAGCAAAAAAGGGAGGAGGCACUGCAUGCUAGCAGUCUCAGAGUUCCGCGCAGGCCACCAUGGAGUGCUGACAUGUCGGUUGAGGAGCUUGAUGCAAAUGAAAGACAAGCGUUCUUGGCUUGGCGUCGCAACCUGGCAAGACUUGAGGAAAAUAAGAAGCUCAUUCUUACUCCAUUUGAGAAAAAUCUUGAUAUCUGGAGACAGCUCUGGCGGGUUGUUGAACGCAGUGAUUUGCUUGUUAUGGUGGUCGAUUCUCGUGAUCCACUGUUCUAUCGCUGUCCUGAUCUUGAGGCUUAUGCACGAGAGGUUGAUGAGCAUAAACGAACUCUGCUUUUGAUUAAUAAGGCAGAUCUUCUACCUGCUUCUAUCAGAGAGAAGUGGGCAGAAUACUUUCGUGCUCAUGAUAUUUUGUUCAUUUUCUGGUCUGCUAAAGCUGCUUCUGCAGCUCUGGAAUGCAAAAAGCUUGGUUCAUCUCAGGAGGCUGUUAACACUGGGGGAACCAAUAACCCAGAUACAAAGAUAUAUGGAAGGGAUGAGCUCUUGGCACGUUUACAAUCAGAGGCAGAAGAGAUUGUUGAAAUGAGGAGAAAUUCAAGCUCCUCUGACACAGGGCCAUCUAACAUCAAAGCAUCGGGUGAAAAUGCUGCUGGUAAUUCAUCAUCAAGUAACGUAAUUGUGGGAUUUGUUGGAUAUCCUAAUGUGGGGAAAAGUUCAACCAUCAAUGCUCUUGUCGGUCAAAAAAGGGCUGGUGUCACCUCUACCCCGGGAAAAACAAAGCACUUCCAGACAUUAAUUAUUUCUGACAAACUUACCCUUUGUGAUUGCCCUGGAUUAGUUUUUCCGUCAUUCUCAAGCUCCAGAUAUGAGAUGGUUGCUUGUGGAGUGCUGCCUAUCGAUAGGAUGACUGAACACAGGGAGUCUGUCCAAGUUGUAGCCAAUAGAGUCCCAAGACAUGUCAUAGAGGAGGUUUAUAAAAUCACUCUUCCAAAGCCUAAGCCGUAUGAACCACAAUCCCGGCCCCCUUUGGCAUCCGAGCUUUUGAGAGCAUAUUGUGCAUCUCGUGGCUAUGUCUCCUCUAGUGGGCUGCCUGAUGAAACUAGGGCUGCUCGUCAGAUCCUGAAAGAUUACAUUGAUGGGAAGCUGCCUCACUUCCAAUUGCCCCCGGGUAUGUUAAACGAAGAGCUGCCUGUGGAAGAUCACAUGGGACAACAUGACUUGGCUAACUUGCAUGAGUCAGAUUCAUCUGGUAUUGAACAGUCUUCAGAUGUUGAGAGCGAGGUUACACCAAAUCUUGAUCACAUAUUGGACGACCUCAAUUCGUUUGACAUGGCCAAUGGACUUGCUUCAAAGAAAGUUACUGUCAAGAAACCUAAGGCGUCGUCUCAUAAGCACCAUAAGAAGCCUCAGAGGAAGAAGGAUCGUUCAUGGAGGGCAGGGAAUGAUGAUGGUGAUGGCAUGCCGGUUGCAGGAGUCUUUCAGAAACCAGUAAAUACUGGUCCUACGAAGGCAUUGCAGAAAUAGAUCAUUGUAGGCAAUCUCUCUCUGAGGCUUGCCACAUAUGAGGAAGUUUCUAUUUGGGAGAAAGCUAUGUGCCUAUGUAUCGACUGCCAUAAGUUAUUGUUCCAACAUUAAUGGUAUGAAAACUGUUAUAGGA